AUGAUUUCCGCCACAAGGCCGCCGGCGCUGCAUCUCCGGGCUGCUGCUGCUCCUCCCUUGGUCAGGUCUCCGGCGACCCGCGCCGCCCUCCGCUUCGGCUGCUCCGCCGCCGCCUCCAACCUGAAGAAGAGCAAGCCUAGUGGAUCAGCGGCCCUCCGCCGACCCGUUCUCCUUCCGCCGUCGCCGCUGAGAAGGAAAGGGAAAGGGAAUGGGAAUGGGAGGGGCGGCGGCGCCUUCCCCGGCGGGCAUGGGGAGGAGGACGAGCGGCGGAUGUGGGCUCUGUGCGGGUUCGGGUACUGGUUGCAGGGUUUCAGGUGCUUCCCAUGGCUGGCUCUAAACUUCCAUUUGACCCACGGGCUGGGCCUCGGCCCCUUGGCUCUGCAGCUUGUGCAGAACACUGCAAACCUUCCAAUGGUCGCCAAGCCGCUCUAUGGGAUGCUCUCCGAUGCCGUCUACAUCGGCGGCGCUCAUCGCCUCCCCUACAUCUCCAUCGGAGGUCGGUGGCCCUCUUCUCCCUCCUCCCUCAUUUUAUCUGCUUCUCGAUUCAUGCAUGAAGAACCACCCACCGCCAUGAGGAGUCAGUCUGCCUGAAAAUCUUGCGAUUUCUUUCUCUGCAAAACACACCAAUUUGGCGACCAAUUGAUAUAAGUAGGUCGCCCUCGUAAACAUUUCUGCCGUUCAUUUCAAGCCGAGGCGCCUCAGGGCUCCCAAGGAUUCAUUCAUGGAGGAAGGUCUGCACCGUAGGCUGAAACAGCCCGGAUGUCUGAAUACUGCUUGCUCUCUCUUGCGGGUGAUGGUUUAGGUUGGGUUCCCUCUCAGUUCUCGGCUGAAUUGAAUUCCUUCUCUGUGCAGUCUUCUUGCAGGUCUUGUCUUGGGGGACCUUGGGGCUGAUGCCCAUCACCAGGGACAUGCUUCCGACGCAGAUGGUGUGCAUCCUGCUCGGGAAUCUCGGGGCGUCCUUCACAGAGGUCGUCAGCGAUGCCCUCGUCGCCGAAUCCAGCAAAGAAAAGAAGAAGUCGGGCUUCCUGCAGUCGUGCUCGUUCAUGGCCUUGGCGGCGGGGGGGAUAAUGGGGAACCUCUCCGGAGGCUUCGCCCUGGUCGGAACUCAGCAGCCAAAGCUCAUGUUCCUCAGCUUCGCUCUGCUGCUCACGGCCCAGCUCGGAGUCGCGCUGACCACCCGAGAGGAGGGCCUACUCGCGGCCCCGCGCCGCCAUGGGAGAGUUGACUUGGUGCGCGAGUCGGUCUCGGAGAGCCUGGGCAGGCAGUUCUCCGUCCUGAUCAGAGCCAUCAGCAACGAGAGCUUGCUGCAACCGCUCUCGUGGAUUGUGGCCUCCAUAGCCGUCGUGCCGCUCCUCUCGGGGACGAUCUUCUGCUUCCAGACGCAGAGCUUGAAGCUGGACCCGGUGGUCAUCGGGCUGUCGAAGGUGAUGGGGCAGAUGAUGGUCCUCUCCGCCUCCUUCGUCUACAAUCGCCAUCUGAAGGAGAUCCCCUUCAGGAAGCUGAUAUUCUGGGUGCAGAUCGUCUACGCCAUCUCCCUCCUCUCCGACCUAGUCCUCGUGCAGCAGGUCAACCUCAAGAUGGGCAUCUCCAACGAAGCCUACGUGCUCUGCCUGUCCGCCAUAGCCGAGGCGGUGGCGCAGUUCAGGAUCCUCCCAUUCUCCGUCCUCCUCGCGGGUCUGUGCCCGCGGGGCUGCGAAGGCUCCCUCUUCGCCUUCUUCGCCUCCGCGCUCUGCAUGUCGUCCAUCGUCAGCGGCGUCUUCGGUGUGGGCCUGGCGACGCUGGUCGGAGUGGGCGGCGCCGGCGACUCCGCCGGGCUCUCUGUCGGCAUCGCCCUGCAGUUCAUGGCGGCGCUGGUUCCUCUCAGGUGGAUCUCUCUCCUGCCCGUCGGGGCCAAGCUUCCGACAAGAUCAUGA